AUGGCUGCAGUUCAAGCUAUACUGUGGCUGCCGGCAGCGGCCGCACCACCUCGCCGGCGAUCCACAGGUGGCGGAGCUUCCCCGCGGCUCCGGCGGGUCCUCAUCUGCCAGGCGAAGAGCUCCGAAAGCGGCAGCGCCAGCGAGGUCGCGGCGGCGGUUGGCGGGCUGGUGGCGAACCCGGUAAUCGGGUACUCCCUCUACACGCUGAAGACGACGGGCUGUGGCCUGCCGCCGGGGCCCGGUGGCCUGCUUGGGGCGCUGGAAGGGGUGAGCUACCUCGUGGUGGCGGCCAUCGUUGGGUGGUCGGCGUACACCAAGGCAAGGACGGGAACGGGCCUACCGAACGGGCCGCUGGGCUUGCUGGGAGCCGUCGAGGGCCUCUCCUAUCUCACGGUGCUAGCCAUCGCCGUGGUAUUCGGCCUUCAGUUCCUGGACCGCGGCUACCUGCCGGGGCCCCUCCCCGGCGAGCAGUGCUUCGGCUGA